CAACUUCUUGGGAUCUUAAUACUUGCGAAUUCUUUGCUUGCCUAACCCUUGGGCAUCACCUAAUUUCCACAAUGGACAAGUGUGACACCACCUACGACUGCUGCACCUCUCCUGCCUAUGGUAUAUAAGCUACUUCUCUGCACAUAUGCUGCUGUAUUCUAUUCAAGAUUGAUGGACUGACCACAUCGACUCAAGGUUGAGGGACUGAUUACCUCAUUCUCCUCCUGCCAAGGUAGUGACCAAAAUAAGGAAAUGCAUUGAUAUUCAUUCAUUCAAUAGAUGUCUUGCCAGAAAUGCACAGAGAACUCAACUCAAAUGACCUCUGAACUGAAUAUCCCCAUCUCUCCAUCAGAGUGCAAGCACUGCACUGCACUGCCUACCAGCCUGGUUGAUCAGACCCUGAUCCACCAUGAGGCCUGGUCUCAGACCGGGCCUCGGGGGCAUUGACCCCCAAAACCCUCUCCAGGUAAACUCCAGACAUUGAUGAGUGUGAAGCUAUCCCUGGGCUGUGUGAAGGAGGUAUUUGUAAGAACAGUGUUGGGUCUUUCUCAUGUGAAUAUCCUGAAGGCCAGACCAGGAAUCCAGAGACAAAUGCCUGUGAAGACCGAAAUGAAUGCAAGGAUGCUGAUAUAUGUCUUAAUGGAAACUGUAUUAACACUGAUGGUAGCUUCUAUUGUACCUGUAAAACUGGUUUCAUUCCUAGCCAGGAUUAUACAAGGUGUAUAGUUGCUCGGCAAAGCACCUGUUACACAGAGUUGCUAAGCAGUGGGCAUUGCAGGAAACCUCUUCCUAUUCCUCUCACUCAGCAAGCCUGCUGCUGUAGCAAGAACAUGGGCAAAGCAUGGGGAGAAGGACUCCGUGACUGUGAACCAUGCCCACUCCGUAGUGAAGAGCUUUACAAGAGGUUGUGUGUGGAAUCAGCAUACAGAUAUCCCCCAGUAGAUGAAUGCACACUAAAUCCAAACUUGUGUGGUAAAGGCAGUCGAUGUGUUGACACCCCUGAUGCAUAUGUAUGUCAGUGUUAUGAAGGAUUCAUCCAUAAUGUUGUCAGUGACAAAUGUGAAGAUGUUGAUGAGUGUCAGCAAGGUGCAUGUCGUGGUGGUCAAUGCUACAAUACCCAGGGCAGCUUUACUUGUAGCUGUCCCACAGGGUUUGACAUCUCAUCAGAUGGUCUUUCUUGUACAUAUUGGUAUCUGACAUUUUAUUAAGUUUACACAAGAUACUUAUUAGUUAUAAUUUAAUCUACUUAUAUUCAAUAUCUUUUACAGUAUCAUGCAAUACAAUAUUCUAGUGUACUGCUAAUACUGCUAAUAUUCAAAAUAUGUUUAAGUUAUAAAAAUGUUUGGAGAUGGCUUUAUUUUAUU